CUCAGACCCUGCCCAGACUGGGACCAGCGCUCAGACCCUGCCCGGACUGGGACCAGUGCUCAGAUCCAGCCUAAAAACAAUGCUCAGACCCUGACUGGGACCACUCCUCGUGAGGCGAACGCGGCCUUCCCUCCCUGCUCCUUCCAGUCGUGUAAGGCUUUGUCAGAACUGGCGGAGCUGAAGAAAAGUUUGGAAGGCACUUGUAAAAUAUAUUAAAGGCAAGACAAGGUUGUUUUGAUUUUUCUGUGUUGUAGUAGGACUUACAGGUCUGAGAGGUGUUUCUCCCCUCAGUCUACAGCAGAAUAUUGUGAUCUUGUUUCCUAGUACCUUCUCUCUUUUUUUCCUUUCCACCUCCCAAAAGUCACAACACUGCAGCAGAUAAUGUUUGGAAGAUGAUAUGUGAAAGUUUAUAUGAGUGAAUACUCCUUCCAAGUAAUAAAUGAGAUUAUUUUAGAUGACAAGCCAAAUAGAGUACAUGUUUAUCUUUGAAGGAGUCAGUAGAGAGAGAAUGUAGGCUGGAAAUACUUUGUGAUAGGCCAAGGUAGACAAGUGGUUUCUUCUUCUUUUUUUUUUUUUUCCUUUUCUUUUUUUCUUCUUCCUUCUAUCAGAGAAGUGGGGCAGGAUUUUGUGAGAAAAGCAUCAUCUUGGCUGUGUCCGAGACUCAGGAAGUUCUAAAUCCGUGUUGAAACAAUUAAAUGUCGCAGUUUUUAAGAUUUCAUUAGAAACCCCGUCCAGCCCCACUGGCUGAGAGCUUUUGAUAAUUUAAAAUCCGCAGUUUUGCUACUUUGGAAUGAUGCUGGGACAACAGUUCACUCCUGGGAGUUAUACAGGAAUUUGGACCUAAAGCAUGAGCUUUGAUACUCUGGUUUUAAGUAUCCAUCUCAUUAUGGUCUGGUCUUGUCUAACACUACAAAGUCAUAUGCACUUUUUUGUCAGAUACUGGUGGUGAUAGAACCAGUUUUUAAAGUAGUGCAGUAUAUAAAAAAGUUAAAGUUUCUUUAACUGUAGUAACUACAUGUAAAAUUCUUACUUACACUAGGUUAAUCCUAGAGAUAUGGAUUUUUUUUCCUCUCUUCAUAUGUGAAGUUCUUUUCUCUUAAUUUUUGAUUAACAAGUGCUGAAGUGACUGUAGAGUAAUCUGUCUUGGAAAUAAAACCUGAUUUAAGUUUUUAAGGUUCAGCAUGACGUGGAUCUGGCAAGAUAUAAAUACAAAUUUAUCUCUCUUGCUUUAUUAUGCUUUCUCUUAUUCGAGGUACAAGCAUAUGUUGUUUUGGCUUUGUUUUUAAAUGAAUGGAUUUCUUUGAUACUGAAGAGAACAGCCAUAGCAAAGUUUCUUCAGCAAGCAGGAAAUAGUGAAAACCAGUAGUGUUUGCCUAUGCCUGUUUUUGUGGUGGUGUUUUUGAAGCUUGGUUUUGAUAGAUCACAAACAUUGUGGAGUCUUGCUGAUAAAAUAUUUGUUUAGCUCUUGACAUCUCUGAAAUUUGCCAAAAACCUUUGUCUUUUUUGAUUUGUGAAUCAAAAGACAAAGACAUCUACAUUCUGGAAAGACAUAAUUGUAACAUCUUCUCCUUGCUACCACCACAAACCAAAUUUGGGUUGAUUAUCUAGGUUUUGGUUUCUCUUUAAUCCCAGUUGCUGUAAAGAUAUUGGUACAGUGACAUAUAACAUAAGGAAGCAUUUGUUCCACAGGAAAGAAAAAUGGGUCCAGGUUUUUAUAAACAGUCAAAGCUGGAAAUAAUACUAAAUUUUAGUGAAAAGAAUUGAAAGCAAGACUGACUUGUUGGAAACUAAACUUCCAUUAAAAACCUUUUUGUUCCUUUUGGACAAAGCCAUAGGACACCUGUUCAUGACAGAAGACUUUACUAGUAGAAGGAAGGCAUUGCUCUAGCAGCAGCUUUGAUUAGGAUAAAAUUAACAGGUAUUUCAUGGAAUGUCUGUGUAGCUUCUGUCCUCUGGUGCAGGUCUUUAGUAACAUCACUGUUCAUUUCCCAGUACAUUCCUAGAUAUUUUUCAAUUCCCCAGGGAUUUGUAUCACCUCAGGAGUGUAACAAUAGUGGGAGGAAAAGGCCGUGCAAAGGACUUUAUGUUUCUCCUUUUCUUGCUGUUUCAGCAUUACUUGAAUCUCUGGCCAGCAGCUAAUUUUCUGCACUGGAAGACAAGAAAGAAACAGCAGUGGUUAACAAGUUUCUUCAUAUAUUACUCUGAAACAAAUGUAGUACUUUCUCACAUUAAUACUUUCCUAAUCUCACUUUGUUGUGUAACUAAACUUUCUGCUGCCUCAAGAAAGAAAUGUCUUGGUAUUUGUGAGAAUCAUUCCUAGGAGUGUCUCUAUCUUAAAAAGUAAUUUCUCUUAUGACAAUAAUUGCAAGAAGAUGAAGAGAAUGGCAGGCAUGGAAAUGAGUCCAUAACCCCCAGUACCUUGGUUUCAGAGUCCCACUGAAAAUGUGGAAGAUGGCAUUAGUCACCUACCAGUUGAUGCCUUAAGCUUUGACCUGUCUUAAAAUGAAUAAAUAGUUAAAAAAAACCCUCCAAACCCCAAACAAAAAAAAACAAAAGAAAUCUCCCCAGGUUCCCCUCCCCCAUCUAUUUGGAAAUAUGGCCUUAGCCCAAAGAUUUCUGAAGACAACAGUGAUAAUUCUACAUUUACAGUUGGAGCUAUUGUGUAACAAAAAAGCUGUGUUUUGUCCAUGGAUUAAAGUUAGCAUAACAUGAAACUUGAAAGUUCAGAUUGUCCUGUGAGCAAUGCAGUUGAGAUAGGAGCAUUUCCAGUCAGGUGUGAGUUUGUUAUUUCAGUGGAUCUGCCGUGCCUUUUGUCACUGUUUUACAUGAUGUGUUGUGGUUCACUCUGCUCUCCCUGUUCCAAUUGCAGCUGGAGAAUCAUUUCCUUUGGAGCUUGUUCCUGGUGGAUCAGCCAUGCCUGUGUCAGCUGAUGAACCUGGGGGGGACCCAGCUGGGAGAGAUCCAGGUCAAACUCCAGCUGGAACUGAAGGACCACAAGAACCAUCCACUGCACAGAAUGCGAAAGCUCGACAGGCUGUGUCGCGCAUCAGCCGCGAGGAACUGGAGGACAGGUUCCUGCGGAUAAGUGAUGACCACCUCCUGCUCAAACAGCAUGCAAACAGACAGGAGGAGAAAAUUAAAAGAAUGACCACCAAGUUAAUGCGGCUUGUUAACGACAGGAGAAAAUCCGAGCAGGCAGGUGGUGGGCCCAGGAGGCUGGGCCAGGCCCUGGAGCUGGAGGAGAUGAUGGAGCAUUUGCAAGAAAGAGUUCGUGAGCUGGAGAAACAAAACGAGAACCUGCGCAACAAACUCAUUUCCACCAAGCAGCAGCUGCAGCUCCAGGGCCACAGGCCCUGUCCCUACAGCCACGUCCAGCCCCGCGUCAACUCCGGGCUCAGGAAAGCCAGCGAGGCUGCUGGCACCCCCGAGCACGCCAGGAAAGGAAUGAGACUUCAGAAUUUAGAAGUGAGAUCAUCUGACCUUGUGCUCCCAAAAUAUGGACAGAGUCUGCUUGAGGAUUCAAGGGCUGAAAUAAGAAAUUUGGAGACUGUGAUUGACUCCCAGAGGAAACACAUUGAGGAACUAGAACAUGCCAGAGAGAUCCUCGUGAGUCAGCUGAGGAGGAAAGAAAAGGAGAUUGAAGACUCUCUCCUGAGGCUGAAGGAGCAAGGCACAGCAAGCCAGAGGCUGAACAUUCAGGACAACGUGGAAAUGAUCAAGGUCCGUAAACAGCUGGCUGAGAAAAGCAAUGCUCUUUCAGCUCUGGAAGGAAAAUUCCUCCAGCUUCAGGAGAACCUAAAGAAUUUGAGGACCAACCAUGAUGCUUUAUUAGCCAAAGGUGAUGAACUGAAUGCACAACUUAAAGAGGAAAGGUUAAAGUGCUUCCAUCUUCAGAAAGAAUUGCAGUCAGUAACUAUUUCAAACAGGAGGACAGAAGAGUUACAGGAAAGAAUAAAUUAUCUAGAAAAAGAGAAUGAGCUCUUGAAGGAAAACUAUGAUAAGCUGCAUAAUAGUGUCUUCAGCCUGCCCUACGACCAGCAGUGGAAAUCCAAGGAGCAGCAGCUGAAACUGCAGAUUGCCAAACUAGAGACAGCUAUCAAGUCUGAUUUAGCAGACAAAAAUGAAAUCCUUGACAAGAUUCAAGUAGAAAGAGACCAAAAGGAAAAGCUGAUGCAAGACAACAAGGACCUGCAGUUAUGCUACCUGGAACAAAAGCAACAACUAGAUGAUCUGAAAAAUCAAGUAAAGUUUUUGACCAAGUUUCAGGAAGGUGAUGUUGAUGUGGCAGAACUCAAUGAAGCUCUCUUGCUUAUAAAGGAUCGAAAGCAGCAGAAGAAUGGGGACCCUCUGUUUUUGGACAAACCAGGAGAUGAGAUCCACAAAGAUUCAGAACACUCCAUAAGGGAGCUGCAGUUAACACAUGCAGAAACAGUGCAAGAACUUGAAAAGACAAGGAAUAUGUUAAUUAUGCAGCACAAAAUUAGCAAAGAUUACCAGACUGAAGUAGAAACAAUGACUAAAAAGAUGGAAAGGAUACAGAAAGAGUACGAGUUCAAACUGGAGCAGGAUGCCCACCUUCUUGAUAUCAGAGCUGCACGGAUCAGAAAACUAGAAGCCCAACUAAGAGAUAUCGUCUAUGAUGCAAAAUCACCUAAGUCCAGACCAGAAAUAUCACCAGGUGAUCCCAUGGAUGGAUUUGUUGAAACUAUUCAUUUAGAGAAAGGAGAGAACCUUCUUGAAAUUCAUAUCAGCAAAGUGACCUUCUCUCCUGAAGCCAUGCACGCUCUCGGUGACCAGGAACCUGCAACCUUCUGUACUUAUGCCUUCUAUGACUUUGAACUUCAGAUAAGCCCAGUAGUCCAUGGGGGUGCCCCGUGCUAUGACUUCACCUCCCAGUACCUGGUGCAGGCUGACGACACCUUCUGCCACUACAUCCAGCACAGCAGCGUCCCCCUGGAGCUGCACCGCGCCCGCGGCGUCGAGUACCACACCCUGGCCACCUGCCACCUCAGCCUCCAGCACGUCCUGGAGAGCAACAGCAGGAUCUACAGCACAGCACAGUUAGUUGGAAAAGCAGGACAUGUUCAGAAUUACGGUACCAUAGAAUACUGGGUCAGGUUACAGGUUCCUAUGGAUCAAGCCAUUAUUCCUUACAAACAGACAUCCAGUUUUAGGGAACGUGAACAACCAUCCCAGAAACCAACCCCCAGGCGGAGGCAGCGAGCAGCACAAGCAGACAGGAGAGUCUCUUUUCUGGACCUCAGUACAACACAGGGAGCAUGUGUGGUGCAGGAGGUCAAACAGCCACCAGAGGAUCAGGGGAAGGAGGUGGCUGAAGGAAUUCAGCAGGGAAGAGAAGAGCUCUCCCAUCUCUCUGAGCAGCAGUUGCCUGAGCAAACAUCAGCUCCUUCUGCAGAUGAGACAGAAGUAACUGAAGAACUGGAACCAGAAGAUCAAGAUGAUAGACAAGAGGAUGAUGCUGUUGAAUCAAUAAAAACUGACAGUGAUGACUGUAUCAUUUCAAGUCCAGUCUCCACAAAUAUGAAACAGCUGAAUCAGAGUACUUAUGGCAAUUUGGAAGCGGAAAAAAUCCGGAUUAAAAUCACCUCCCUUGGGCUGAGUGACUCCCGGGUCACCUCGGAUGAAACAAUCCAGCAGCUCUUUGUGGAAUGCAGAUUAAACAACUUCCUGGCAGAGGAGACCCCCCUGUCACUCCCCAAGCCCACGGGGGGGCAGAGGAUCCACUAUAACUACAGCACAGUGAUAAAUGUGGAUAAGGCACAUAAUGGGGCAGAAAGAGAGUAUCUCAAGUCCAUUCUUCUGAAGGCAGAUCCACCUGCUGACAGCCUAAAAUUUACAGUGGUCAGUGAUCCCCCAGAAGACGAGCAGGACCUUGAGUGUGAGGAUAUUGGUUUCGCUUAUGUCAGUUUGAAAGAGAUAUUCCAGAAGCAGAGAGAUAUCAUUGAGCAAGACAUUGAUGUUUUGGAUUGCCAGGAUGGCAGUGCAGUGAUUGGGGAGCUGACAGUGACGGUGGAGGCCCUGCAGGCCCUGCGCUCGGUGCAUGAGGAGUGCAGCAGUGAGGAGGGGUGGCACAGGGGCCUCUGCCUGCAGGAGUUCCUGCUCCCGGUAUAAAGACAUGAUGGUGCAGCAAAGAGGAGAUCUCUGUCAUUCUUACAGUAGAUUUCAUAUAUCAUUUAUAUGAAAAGGAUGCUUGAUGUGCAAGUGUACAAUUUUGUAUGCUUUUCAGUCUGUUUUCUUGUUUUUAAGGUCCUGGCUGAAUCACAUAUCAACAGUUGAUGGUAUCAAGGUCUAACUCAGUCCUGGCAGUCUGUUUUCAAACCAAACCUGCUUGUCAAUGAUCAGAUACCAGCUGAGGGGACUUUGUCUAAAGAAAUAAGUGAUGGUGACCCUCCCAACAGAAAUGCUUGUAGGUUCUCACUCGGAGUAGUCCCUGCCAUUCCUCUCUCAGGACAGGGUCCCUGCUGCUGGCAGUGCCUGGGCAGGCUGCAGGAUUAGCUGCUCUCAGACCAUGGUCCUCCAGAGCUGGAGCCUGCUCAGCUCCCCUGGGCACCCUGUUCCAGUGCCUGACUGUCCCUAGAGUGAGAACAAGGAGAUGCAUUUCUAAACAUGACUUCAGUCCAAAUCAAAGCCAGAGCUAGAUCUAAGCACGUGGAGCAGUUUUUGCACUUAAUGUACCAUCUAAUAACUUAAUUAUUUUUUUUUAAAUUCUGGAGAUGGCAUCAAUAUGACCACGUUUGUCAUUUGUUUCAGCCAUUUAACAUUUUGCACAAAACCCAAAAUAACAAAGCAUUUUAGUGUUGAUUUUCCUGGUUUGCAGUAUGCCAUCAAAUUACCAUCCAGUUUUAUGAAGCAGUUGAUACAAAAUAGGUGUUAUUGUUAACAAUGUGGUUCACUCAGAUAAUUUUUCUGGAUAUUUCAGUGGUAAACAAUUUGUUAUGGUUUAUUCCUGGGUUGUUUGGGGUUUCUUUAUAUUAGACUUAGAUUAUUUUAAGCCUAAGGAAACAAACCAAUAAAUCAAACAGAUCAGUCUUACACUGAAAUUAUCUUCACAAGUUUCAUUCAUGAAUUCUUCACACAUUUUAGAUUUUUUCAAAGAUUUUCCCUGAGCUGUGAGAAACAGGGAUAUAAAUCUGUAACCUCUGUCCACACCCAUUCUAUGUAUCAAAAUAUCUGUUACUUCAGGGGUCCAGCAUCAAUAGCUGCAAGAUGGGUUUUGCACAUGAUCUAGCAAUGAUUUGUUUAACAUUUUUGUGGAUUUGGAAAACAACCUGUUUUCUGUUUAGACAAACUGUCAUUCUUGUUGAAUGCAAAAUUAUUUCCUUAUGUAUUAAAGUCACAAGAACUUGAAAAAAUGUUGGGAAAAUGUGGUCCUUCUACUACAAAAAAACUCAAUUUGAACCUUCUUUUGCUUGGAAGACUGUUAUCAACCAGUAGUUAUUCUGAUUACUGACUCCUAAACUUUCUGAUAGCCUUUGACUUCAGUUAUAAUGAACAACAGAAAAUGUUUUACCUUAUGUACAGGGCAGUUUUCCCAGAGAAAUUAAAGGAGACACCAAUCAGCAUCUGACUCCAAACACACAAAACAUGAACACUAAAUAAAAACCAGCAAACUUAAUAAAAGAACUUCAGAAAAUCUUUACAGGAAAUCUUCCUACAUUUUGAAAACAUUCCUUAAUGUUCUUUGCUCUGCAGUAAGCAUUGUAGUAUUACCAAAAUCAGACCCAUCUGGGAACCUGCCACUAGGUUGGUAAUGUCAGGGGUAUAAUUUCUAUCCCAGAUGAAAUACAAACAAUGGGUCUGUUUAUAACACAGUAUCAGAUGUGCAUCAUGCAUAGGGACUCAUUUUUCCCAACAAUUAGACAUGGAGGCUGCUGCCCUUGUCAAAACAGGGGUACAGGGCCUUUGUGCAGCAGUCAAGGGUGAAGCACAGGGAUGACUUUUUUUCCCUGUUAAUCUCACAGAGGCCUGCUAAACUGCAGAAAUGUUGCUGAUAAUUGUAACCUCUUCAGUAUUUGCGAAUCGUUUACACAGUACCUCAAUAAACAGAACAUGUACCAUUCACAAACUCUACAAAAUGUAUGCUUCAGGUAUUAAGCAGGAAAUUUAGGUUUUUGCUGAGGUCCUUGGAUCUUUAUGGUGCUGGUUAAGUGUGAAGGGUGCAAGGACUAACUCAACAACUUCAGCUUUGCCUGUUGUUCACAAACAUUUUCGGGGUCCCCACGUGGUGACUGCCAGAGCCCGACAGAGCCCAACCCCUGCUGGCUGUGGUUAGAAUUGCACAAAAAGGUGGAAAGUACUGAACUGUUUCCUUUUUGAAAGGGGUUUUGGGGUACAGGAUUAUUGUUUAGUUGUUUUUGUGUUCUUUUGUUGUUCUGCCCAUACACAGAUAUCCUUUAAUAAAGGGCUGUUAUUUUUUUCUUUCUCCACAA